GGAAUUUCGUAAUAAUAAUGAUCAUGGCAUUGUGAUGCAGGUGUGAUUUUGAAGAUUUGGCAGAUUCUGAUGACUGUGGAUCGAAGCAGAGAACCUUGAUUUUUUGUUUGGCCCUUUGUCUUGUUGAAAGGGUUAGAUCCUAAAAAGCAUUUGGCUUCAUUUCUUCUGUCUGUUUCAUGAGAAACAUUGACUCAGUGAUUUGACAAUAGGGGAGUAGAUUGAGUGGAUAGAGAGCUAAAGUGUAUGUAUCUCUUUGGACCCUUGGGUGAUUUUCACUUCCUAAAGACUUAUUUUUGUUCUUCAUCGAAAGGGUACAAGGAUUUUUGGAUUUAAAUUUUCCCCCAAAAUCUGGUCUGGAAUCUCAAAAGAGGGGCUUUUUUUGGUUCAGGGUUUGGUGUUUUGUGUUUUGAAGUUUAUGUGAUUUAGUGAGAAAAAAGAGUAGUGAGUGAGAGGUCUUGUCCUGUCUAUGAGUUUUGUAUCCAUCUGCAACACAAGCAGUGUGUUUGGUUUGGUCUUGUCUUGUUCUCCAACUUGGCCUAAUAAUGCAAUCAUAUCUCCUGGAAGCAACAAAAUCUCUGAGGAUCAGCUAGAGAGUUAAUAAUCUUCUUGGGGGUGAGAGGAAUCUAGAGAAUUUGAUCUUGCAUUUGUGCCAUCAAUGAUCCGUGGGAAACAGGAAAAGAAACCAGGUUCUAAUGGGACUGAUAAGGUUCUCGUUGCUGUUAAAGCAUCUAGGGAGAUUUCAAAGACAGCAUUGGUUUGGGCUUUGACUCAUAUUGUUCAUCCUGGAGAUUGCAUCACUCUGAUUGUUGUUGUCACUUCUCACAAUGCUGGUCGAAAGCUAUGGACUUUCCCGAGGUUUUCUGGAGAUUGUGGGAGUCGACAUCGGAAAUCGCAUUCUGAUGCAAUUCCUGAGAUAAAGAGUGAUCUCACUGAUACUUGUUCCCAAAUGAUUCUCCAGCUUCAUGGUGUCUAUGAUCCAAACAAGGUAAAUGUCAGGAUCAAGAUUGUUUCUGGAUCACCAUGUGGAGCUGUUGCUUCUGUGGCCAAGGAAUUGCAAGCAAAUUGGGUAGUUCUUGAUAAGCACCUUAAGCACGAAGAGAAACGGUGCAUAGAUGAGCUACAAUGUAACAUUGUUGCAAUAAAGCGUUCUCAGGCAAAAGUUUUGCGCUUGAACUUGGUCGGUUCACCAACAAAGGAUGCAAUGAAAGAGUUUGCUUUACCAACUGGGCCAGAAUUAGCAUCUGCAAAUGACAAAAACAGGUCGUUAGAUUCGAUUAGAGCGGUAGAUACAACUCCUAUGAGCAGUCCUGAGGUUGGGACAUCAUUCACAGGCACAGAAGCUGGGACUUCAUCAGUGGCUAGCUCUGACCACGGGACAUCAUCGCCUCUUUUCAUAGUGGAAGUGAAAAAGGAUGAAGCUUUAGUCAUCAAAGAGGAUGAUUCCAGUUCUGAUUCAGAAGAUGACUUGGAGGAGUUUAGUGGAAACUUAAGAGAAGCAAUCUCGCUAGCACGAAGUGCUCUUCCUGUUCCACCUCCUCUAUGUUCUGUCUGCCAGCACAAAGCGCCUGUGUUUGGAAAACCACCGAGGUUUUUCUCUUACAGAGAGUUAGAGCAUGCAACAAAUGGGUUUUCACAGUCUAAUUUCUUGGCAGAAGGAGGAUUUGGAUCUGUUCAUCGAGGUGUAUUACGCGAAGGCCAGGUUGUAGCAGUAAAGCAACACAAAGUAGCUAGUACUCAAGGAGAUGUAGAGUUUUGCUCUGAAGUAGAGGUUUUGAGCUGUGCUCAGCAUAGAAACGUAGUUAUGUUAAUCGGUUUCUGCAUCGAAGAAAGCAGAAGACUCUUGGUCUAUGAAUACAUAUGCAAUGGAUCAUUAGACUCUCAUCUAUACGGUCGCCAUAAAGACACCUUGGGAUGGCCUGCAAGGCAGAAAAUAGCGGUUGGUGCGGCUCGAGGCCUUCGAUAUCUUCAUGAAGAAUGCAGAGUGGGUUGCAUUGUUCACAGAGACAUGCGGCCUAACAAUAUACUAAUCACUCAUGAUUACGAACCACUGGUUGGAGAUUUUGGUUUAGCGCGGUGGCAGCCUGAUGGAGAGCUCGGUGUAGACACGCGCGUGAUAGGAACUUUCGGCUAUUUAGCUCCAGAAUAUACUCAAAGUGGGCAAAUCACAGAGAAAGCUGAUGUUUACUCGUUUGGGGUUGUAUUGAUUGAGCUAAUCACGGGUCGUAAAGCCAUGGAUAUCUUCAGACCAAAAGGACAACAAUGUUUAACUGAAUGGGCAAGGUCUCUAUUAGAAGAGUAUGCGGUGGAAGAAUUGGUUGAUCCGAGGCUGGAGAAGAGAUAUUCAGAAACCGAAAUCAUUUGUAUGAUUCAUACAGCUUCAUUGUGUAUACGCAGAGAUCCACAUUUGCGUCCUCGUAUGUCUCAGGUGCUGCGUUUACUGGAAGGAGAUAUGGUAGUGAAUGAAAUUCCGGGAAGGUUUAGUGGAAGAUUAUCGAUUGAGAGAAGCCAGAGAUCAGAACUAAAGAUGAAGUAGCUAAUUGAGAGAAAGCUCAAGGAAGAGUUGUUUUACUCUGUAAUUUUUUUUGCUCCUUAGGAAAUGAAUUUAAUCUCUCCGUUUUUUUUUUGUUUCUGUACAGCAGUGCGUAGGAUGAAUAGAAGGAUUUUGUAUAAUCAAGUCCUCUUAAUUGGUGAUUAUUAGUUUUAGUGGAUUUAUCUAGAGGAUUAGUGUUUAAAGUUUUCUCACUGUUAAGUAAUUAACCAACAAAACAUAUAUAAGAAGGAAAAAA